ACAGACGAGAGACAACCUCUGGCCCCCAAGCAGCUGGCCAGCUUUGCAACCUCAGUCCUGAGCCCCUAACUCCCCUACCCCGUCCCCAUCCCCUUCCCCGUUGAAGGAGCGGAAAGAGAAGAGAGAAGAGUGAGCAGACAGAUUGAGAGAGAGAGAGAGAGAGAGAUAGCCGGAGAUCUCUGGAGCAGACCUCAAGGUGACUUCCAUUUCUACCUGGUUCACGUUUGGGGGGGCCCUGGCCGGGCAGCCCCCCCACAUUUCUCCUGCCCUGAAACACGGCUCUAGCCAACCUGCUCCGCUGCUUCACCUGCGACCGCCUGUGUGGGGGCUGUACCGCGCCAGCCCCUCCAGCCCGCCAGGGCAUCGUCCUCCAGCCCGUCAUGCCCAGCUGUGACCCCGGCCCUGGCCCCGCCUGCCUCCCCACCAAGACGUUCCGUAGCUACCUGCCUCGCUGCCACCGCACCUACAGCUGCGUCCACUGCCGUGCUCACUUGGCCAAACACGACGAGCUUAUUUCCAAGUCCUUCCAAGGGAGCCAUGGCCGAGCCUACCUGUUUAACUCCGUGGUCAACGUGGGCUGUGGGCCAGCGGAACAGCGCCUUCUGCUUACGGGGCUUCACUCGGUAGCUGACAUUUUCUGUGAGAGCUGCAAAACCACACUGGGCUGGAAAUAUGUUCUAGUUUGCAGCUGAAAAUAGAACACAAUUGUUUAGGCCGAUAACCUUGGAGCCAUCUUUGCUCUUCCUUAUCCUCUGUGGAAAUUGGCACAGCCCGUGCAACGUGGAUGGAUUCUACAGAAC